AUGCAAAUUUUACAUGAAUAUGAUGGCUCUUAUCAUGGACAAACUUGGUAUAACUUAAAGAACGGGUUCGGAAUCAUGAAAUGACAUAAUGGAAGCUCUUAUGAAGGUGAAUGAAGGUCAGGUAAUAUGGAUGGAUGAGGUUAGUUAAGUUUUAUAAGGCCAUAAACAGAUAGACAGUGAGCUUGCAUAUCUGGUGUAAACCCACCUAGCCUAAUUAUUAGCUCCCUAGGCUAGAGCCACCUCUUGGGGAUGCGCCGUUAGUCCCGAUAAGCAAUGACCAAAUUGGGAGGCAAAACCUAUCUAGCCCAUUUGGCAGGGACAUGAAAGCCUUCGGGAGAGAAAUAAAACUUCCCUCUUCGGUAGGCAUCUCCGGACCCAAAGGUCUAUUUCAAAAAGGAUAGAGGUCCUGCUUUCAGCUUCAUCAGAAUGGUUCCUUCAUGCUCCAUAGGAGUUCGCCUUGUAGCCCUAUUUCCUUCAAUAUCACCAUUUUAGUUCUAUGGACUGAUGAGAUUAAGAUCAAGAUUUUAGAGAGCCAUAAGCGGGAUCCUCACUAGCCGGUACCUUGCCUCCAGGAAAAGUGGCCUACGGUGGGUGCGUGUAAGGCCCAAAUGAAAUUUCCACCCUCUUGAAUUUUCUGGCGAAACCCACAUAGCCUAAGGAUCAACUCCCCUAGGUUAAAGCCAUCCUCUGUAGGGGCUGAGAUAGUCCCAAUAGACGAAAACUAUUGAGAGACAAACCUGUCUCACCUACCUGGCAGGGAUAGGAAAAUCUUCAGGAGAGAAACAAAACUUCCCUCUUUGGCAAGACUUCUCUAAGCUGAAGUCCUACUUCAAAAGGGGACAGAUAACCUGUUUUCAUUUUCAUCAGGAUGAGUCCGAGCUGUUCCAUAGGGAGCGAGCCUUGGAAACCAAUUUUCAUCAACGUCACCAUUUUAUUUCUAUGAACAGAUGAGGAAUUCUUAAAUUGCACCAAGGAGGUGAAUUUGCAGGAUGUUUCAAAGAAAAUAAAUUGCAUGGCUUUGGCAAAUGCGAUUUUCCAAAUGGAGACAGAUUUAUAGGCCAGUGAAAAGAAGGUCAUACUUUUGGCUAUGGAGUAAAUUAUAUUCAAGAGACUAAAAACUGAGAAUUAGGCUACUGAAGACAAGGGAAAUUGAUAAAAACAAUUAGAAAAGGCAAUGGGAAGCCAUAUCAGCUAGAGCUGAGUUUAGAGUCUAAAGAAACUGCUGGGGUUUGUAUAGAAAUGAAAGAAGGAAACAAGUAUAUUGGCGGGAUUUUAAACGGAAUGAGGCAUGGGGAUGGUGUUUUAUAUAUUGAUGAUGGAAGUCGGUUCGAAGGAAAAUGAGAAAAUAACUUGCCAAAUGGCAUUGGAAUCUUUUAUCAUGUAGAUGGUAAGUAUGACAUUGGAAACUAUGUCAAUGGACUAUUAAAUGGGUUCGGAAAAGCCAAUUUUGCAAAUGGAGACAUCUACAUUGGAAGCUUUUUAAAUGGAGCGAUGCAUGGGCAUGGCAAAUUCUACUCUGAGUCACAAGACCAAGAAAUAAUUGGCGAGUUUGAUAACAAUGAAUUAAUAGAAAUUUCAAAUUUAAUUUAA